AAAUCUGCCGUGGCGCACGAUCGCAAAACAGCAGCCCCCGGGACAAUGGCUAUACAUGCUAGCAGGCUAGAAUCGUUCCCUCAGGUAUGUGUUCCGUCCAAAACGCGUACGAGUACAAGCCGCCGGUGCGAAGCACGUUACGCGGCUCUAGAGCUGCAGAUCAGGACUCUCACGGGAGCUGGGUGCCCCAUGUGCCGUGGGACAUUGGGACGAGCUCGACGAGCAGCUAAGCUCUGGCGCGCCACGCACGUCCUGAGGCGUCCUAUGACAUAGAGGACGUCCCGGACACCUUCCUUGUCCGCAUCAACGGCUGCGAGGAGCCUUCAGAUUCUAGCAGCCUCAGACGUGCUCUGAGGAAGAUGGGCAACCUAUUCAAUCAGCAAGGGCAGGGCUCGCCGCGACAUGACACCGACAGAUGAUAUGUCUGUGUAAAUAUAUGUACGUGGGCAUCAAGAAGCAGCUCCAUGAGGUAGCCGAGAGGCGUGCCGUACAGAGAGCUGAUGAGGUCGCGGCCAAACCAAGGGCAACGGCGUCAACUAUCCUCGCCUUGCAGCUAUGUACAAUGAAGUGACACAAGUCGUUGGCAAGUGAAAGGGGUGAGCUCAUAUCCAUGUUGUCAUCCUAGCAGGGGAAUGGCGAGUCCAACAACUAGUUGAAGAUUCAGACCACAGUUUGGCUGCUGGGCUUUUGUGCCUGUUGGUCGACAUGCUGACUUGAGGAAAGUCCCAGGAAUAUUCGUAGGUAGACGCCAUGCGCCCUCCCGAGCGGAAGCCCAAUCCACUUGGCCCGUUAACCCACACCCGCAUCUGACGACUGAUAAUAGGUGUGGUCUGGAUCCAACGGUUCACAGGUUAACGGGGGACGUGGACCCGCUAACUGCCCGGAAAAUAGUGGCAGAAUCGUGUUUAGAGAUCAUUAAAAGUAUUCUUUUAGCAUAAUUCAUGUUCUUUUAUACAUAAUUUUUUAUGAGUAGGAUGGUUAGAUAUCAGUGUCAUCUAAGACAUGCAAAUUACAAACUUUGAAUAUUUGUUUUAUUCAAAUUAUUAUACAAACUAGUGGAGAUACACGUACCACAGGCACGUGUUUUAAAAAAAUUAAACCCUAACAAGAAUUUUAUAUUUAUAAAAACCCAAAUCCAGCGAUGGAUCACUACGGACAACAAAAGAAAGAACAAGAGAACAAAUCAGAACACUAAUCAAAACGAAUCAGUAAAAGAAGAAGAAAUUCAAUGAAAAAACCUUGGGUUCGUGGGACAGCGUGCUGGUCCCGCUGCUCUCGCCGUCGCCGAGUGUUACCGACGCUUUUGUUGGUAAGGUGUACCAGCACCGUAGGCCGACAGCUGGCGCAAAGAAGACACCGGCAAUGGAUAAAGAAGCAGGAAAAUAGAAGAUUAGUUUCCUUUAAUUAUGAAGAGUAUUUCCUUUUACAUAGGUAAUUGUUUUAGAAGGUGCCUGGAAUAUAAAGGCCACCAGUUUGUACUAGGGAAAUCAUUGAAGACUUGAGUAUUCCCGUGUUGGGCGUACUCCUUGGCGGCACGAGGGAGGUCCUCUGCUGCUGAUUGGUCUUCUCCGAUUAAUACAGCUCAUCCCUAUCCCCUAAGAUCCCUGCCUCUUGAUCAAUUGGUGUUGCAUUCUCCCCUGCGCACUCCUCACAGACCUAGAUGCCAUAUCAAUUUGGUAUCAGGGACAGCGGCAGGGGCAUCGUCAUCGUCAUCGGCGACCAUGACCGACCCCAGGAUCCUGAGCCCACGCUUCAUGAACUGGGCGGCAACAUGCGGGACCUUGGCGCCAAGCUGGAUCGCGUGCUCGGCCAAGUCUCCACCAUCAACAACCGGCUGGACACCCAUGACCGGCGCAUUGCCCGCACGGAGAAGUUCCAGGCCGGCGAGGAUUUCAACGAUGGCUACGUGGAGGAAACACCGCGGCAUGAGCGCGUCGGCGGCGGGGAUUUUGGCGGCGGCGGUGGAUUUGGUGGUGGCCCUGGCGGUGGUGGAUAUGGAGGGCCCUACGGCGGCGGGUUUGGCGGCGGUGAUUUUGGUGGCGGCUUCGACGGCGGCGGAUAUGGCGCGGGUAACCCCGCGACCAGCGGGACCGCCGUGCGUAUGGCGGCUGCGGCGGCGGCGGUGAUUGGUUUGGCGGCGGCUUCCACCGCGACCAGCGGGAUCACCGUGACCUUCGUGGCGGCAGCCACAACUAUGGUGCGGGUGGAUUUUACCACCGGGGCGGCGACGAUGGCUGGCGCCACCCACGACCGCCCAAGCUCUCCUUCCCCCGCUACGACGGCGAGUCUGAUCCACUCACAAGGCUGAACAAGUGUGAUCUGUUCUUCCGUGGUGCCAGCACCAUGGAGGAGGAGAAGGUUUGGACAGCAUUCUUGCAUCUGGACGGGGUGGCGGCUGAAUGGUACUUCCAGUUGUAGCGUGACCAUGGCUUGGUGUCCUGGGCGCGGUUUGGCGAAUACUUGAACUUGCGCUUUGGACCACCGAUCCGCUCCAACUCCCUCGGAGAACUGAAGGAAUUGAAGCGGACUGCAUCUGUGGAGGAAUAUCAGCACCGCUUCUUGGCGCUCCUGUGUCGCUGUGAUGAUCUCACCCCACAACACCAGAUUGAUCUCUUCACUGCAGGACUGGGGCAGCCGUUGAGCUCGGACGUUGAGAUGUAGUGACCCACAAGUCUCGAAUCAGCCAUGAGCCUCGCUCGGGCCUACGAGCGACGGACAUCGAGCUCGUUUCAGGCACCAAAGUCGGCCUUCCGGUCCAAGUUGCUCGCAGCGCCAAGUGCUUCUGCAACUUCUACCCCAACAAGUGAGCCGCCCAAGAUGGAGACAGCAAAGCCCCGCUUUCGCGGCUUGUCUCCGGAAGAAAUUGCAGAGAAGAGGGCCAACGGGCAGUGUUAUUUUUGCCCAGAAAAAUUUUCCAAGGAUCACAAGUGCACCACCAAAGGAGUUUUCUUACUGGUCAUGGAUAAUGAUGAUGACAGUGAGCCUACAGAGGACGAUAUUGGGAUAUCCUUGGCGGCUAUAACGGGUAUCAAUACGGAGGAUACUCUCCGUCUCUCUAUUAGGGUAGCAGGAGUGCAGUUGCAAGCAAUGGUGGACACCGGGUCGACUCACACUUUCAUUCAUGAGGAAGUUGCUCGUCGCUUGGGUCUUCUGAUUGAACAUCGGCCAGGGAUUUCUGUGAAGGUGGCAAAUGGCGACCGAGUCACUAGUCCAGGGGUGUGCAAAGGAACAAAGAUUGGCAUUGGCAAGGACACUUUCACCAUUGACUGUUUCGCUCUUCCUCUAGAUGGCUUUGACAUUGUCCUGGGUGUUAAGUGGCUUAAGUCGUUGGGCCCCAUUAGUUUUGACUUUCGGGCUCUUUGGAUUGCUUUCUGGUGUGACGGGUUGCCCGUGUGCUUGUAUGGUAUUGGCAGUGAUUCCCAGCCCACUAUUACUGCUACAGCCACUGAUAAUUUGAUGGAGGUCUUGCUGUCCGAAUUUGCUGAUAUUUUUUCAGAGCCUCGUGGAUUGCCGCCUCAGCGUCGGCAUGACCACCAGAUUCAUCUACUGCUAGAUACGGUGCCAGUGGCUGUUCGUCCUUAUCGAUACCCACAGUUACUCAAAGAUGAACUAGAGAAACAGUGUGCAGACAUGUUGGGUCAAGAAAUUAUUCGUCCGCCAACUUCUCCUUUUAAAUCCCAUUUCUCUUGGUAAAGCAACCUGAUGGAAGUUAGCGCUUUUGUGUAGAUUAUCGUGCCCUCAACUACCGCACAAUUAAGGACAAGUUUCCAAUUCCGGUGGUGGAUGAGCUUCUAGAUGAAUUGAAAGGGGAAAAUUUUUUUACGAAGAUUGAUUUGCGAAGUGGUUAUCACCAGGUCCGGAUGCAUGUUGAUGAUAUUGAAAAGACGGCCUUCAGAACACAUCAGGGCCUCUUUGAGUUCCUUGUCAUGCCCUUCGGCUUGACUAAUGCGCCAGCAACAUUCCAGGCCUUGAUGAAUGAAGUUUUGGGUGUUUUUCUUCGACGCUUUGUGCUGGUAUUUUUUGAUGAUAUCUUGAUUUAUAGUACUUCCUGGACUGACCACCUUAAACAUGUCAAAGCAGUUUUUGAGCUUCUGCGUCAACAUCAUUUAUGUGUUAAGAGGUCCAAGUGUUCCUUUGGGGCUCCUUCAGUGGGCUAUCUUGGCCACAUUAUUUCAGAGAAUGGGGGUAGCAAUGGACCCUACGAAGGUUGCUGCAGUAGAGGCAUGGCCACGGCCUCGCUCGGGUCGGGCUCUCCGUGGAUUUUUGGGUUUGACCGGAUAUUAUCGGAAAUUUAUUGCUUCUUACGGCGUUGUGGCAAGUC